UGAUGAUUUUAAACAAACGUUCUUUAUAAAUAAUAUAUUUGUACGUAAUAUAAUUUUUGUGUGUUUAGAACGAAAGUGAUCCAUCAAGAUGAAUUGAAAGGGGGAGAGGGGAAGUUCUGGAACAAUCCUAAAUAAUUUGUUUUCUUUCAAUGAUACGUAUCCAAAAGUGGAAAGAAAGAUGUCCGUUGCUAGAUUGCCUUGUUAUGGGGAUGGUUUCCGAUUGGCUGGCCCACCAUCGGAAUGUUCACUUCGAAGCAAGGCUAGAAUCGAUGCCCUCUUCGAGGAUUGCAGAUCAAUUUGCAGUUCUACUCUCGGUGGGUGGUACGCUGGUGUCUCGACCGUUACUUCGGUUCAUUGCGAAGAUCAAAGUUUUGAAGAACAAAAAAGAGUUAACAGUGCGGUCCAAGCAAGAAUCGAAGCGAUGUUUGCUUCCGUGGAGGCUGAAAGCGGAACACCAGGAGAAUGCGCAGCUGCCAUCUUGCCGGUGAAGUACAUGGGUGCUGCUCCAGUUGGUGGUCGAGUAGCUAGCAUUCGUGGUCUUCAAGAACCUCUUCGUCAGCUUUUAGAAAAAAUCGAUGGAUCAAUCCAAGCGGAAUUAGAAGUCUCCAGACGUGGAUUGACAUUUCGAACCAGUGAAACAUGUGAGAAGAACAAUCCCUUUCGUAGAAUAGCCGUUUGGAGUGCAUUGAGACUUCGAUGUAGGAAAAUUCCAUCAGGGGAGUCUCAUUAUGCUUUCUUGCCACUGGUUGGAGAUACUGAUCAAGGUCAAGGGGCCGAGGACAAGCACGCUGACCUCUAUAGAACAAUGCGUGGUUUAAAAAGUAACGUUGAUGUUUAUCCACCAAUCUUCGCUGUGGUAAUGAGACGAGCAGGAGCAGCAAGAUUAUUGGAGUGUCAUGCAUUUGCUUGUCAAACGGAAGAAGAUGCUGUUGCUGCUGCGGCUACUUUGUACAGAGCAUUAUUAGCUGAUCUUGAUGGAAAUCGAAGAAGACCUAGACAUACAAAUGGUUUGGGUUGCGUUAGUUUGGCAUCGGUUGUUUCCAGCGUACGAGAAGCUAGUCCAAGUAACAAAAGCAAUUUAUUAACAUCACCGUUACCAAAACCGAACAUUCCACCUCAUCCGAUAAGGCCACCGAGGUCGAAAAAAAAUUCUAUUUCGAAUUCAGCCACCGAAGACGAGAGCAACAAGUCCAUUGGUGUUCAGAAAGCACCGAGAAGAAAAAAGAAAACCAUUUCGGACGUUCAAGCUGAAGACAUACUCGAAGCUAGAGGAUGUAGAAGAGAACCAGUCAAACCGGACAAGCCGGUGAGCUUAAUUCAAAAGAAUUUGGAACAGUUUGAGAAGAAGGAUAAUAUUAAAUGUUCGAAAGAUCAUCAGCAAACCGAGAAAAACGAGAUGGAUCGAGCAAGUAGUCGUAUUGAUAAGAUCUACGAUGAUAAAACCAGCAAUAGCAUUUAUGGAAUCCAAUCUAACAUUUAUGAAAAAUUAUUAUCAUCUAGAAGGAGCAACGAUCUUGAUACUAAUUCGAGAUCUAUUUACUUGCCAGGAAGAAAAGACGAGGUUGUUUCGUCGAGUGAACAAAAUUAUGGAUCUUACGAUUUUUCUCGAAGAGGUCUUGACGUUGAAAGUACCAUGGAAUCUUAUUCGAAAAAAUCUGAUUGUUUUCCGAUUUACGAUAGAAUUGACAAAUCAUCGAGCACGAAGAAUCCGAUUUAUAUGCAAAGUACGAAGAGCGAUCGACAGAGGAUCUACGAGGAACACUUCAGAGACGCGGAAAAGAUCUAUAGUCUUGAUCAAGAGGAUAUUUACGUUGGCGGCAAUAAAAAGAUAGAUCGUGGACAAGUCCACAGUUCUCAAGAUAAUGUUUUCUUCUCGAGGAAUCGUAAAAAUGAUACGUACGAUGACUGUAGAAAGAUUCCUCAAGAUAAACACUGUUCCAGGAACAGAGAAAAAAAUACAUCUUCCGGGACAAAACUCUGUAGAGUUGUUACCAUGGAUAAACCCUUGAAAAAGGCUAAUGUUUCUAAUGAUUUAGAAGUUGAUCCGAAGAUACCGGAAUACAGUCAACCUCGAGUUAGAAGGAGAAGUAGAGCUGGCAGCGAGCCACCAGUCGGUAGAACAGAAAGUACCAAGAAAAUUGUUCAAGAAAAUAAACUCAAGAGAUCUCAAAGUGAUCUUGACGUGGAAAGAGGGGAUUUAAUGACUAGAGUGGAAUUGCCUAGACGAGCGAGUUUCUUGAAACCUGGAAGUACCAGAAUAGCAAACAAUAUGAAAGGCGGUACUCCUUUGGGAUUUACUGAACUGUUUGAUGAAUUUAGAAAUCAGGAAGGCUUGACCAGCGUCGAUGAUAUCUUAGCAGCUAUUAUUGAUCCAGAAGGUAUGUCCUUUAACGAUCUCAAGCCACUUUACAAAGAAUUUUUAUUAAAACUUGCCGCAACUUUGACACAAGACGAGCUUUAUCAAAGAUCUGCUAGUAUAAUGAGAAGACGGCGUAGACCACAGAGAAGACGAUCUACUCGUCGGCCUUGUCUUUUAGGACGUGCUAUCAAGAGAUCCGUAUCGAGAUUAAAAGGUGGACCAACUGAAUUCACAUCAGUUAUUUUUCCUGCCAGAAGAUUGAACGACAGUUUUGGAAGUAGCUCGUCUUGUGAUGCUAGGAAUAAUCAUCGAAGUCGCGUGUUGGCUAGUAGGCAUGGGAAAAGACGAUCAUCCUGGAGAAUGAACAAAAAUGGACAGUGUCACACUACUUCGGAGGACAGUGACACGUGUAGACGAGCGAGUCGCAACACUGGAGCAGCUGCAAACAGAAGCAGCAGUGGUUACGUAAGUUGCAGCGAAUGCAGCUACGAUUCCGAAUCCUGCACCUGUAUCUCAGCGGAUAAAUGUUAUUGUUCCCUGUCCAGAAGACAACUCGUAGAGCCUAUCCUCCCGAAUACGGUAGUGUGUGCCUGCGACACGGACAGUUGCUCGGAAAGCAACAAAUGUUAUUGCGGAAAGACGCCUGUACGAUCCAACAUCUUGGAACAAUUGAGACAAAAAGGUAUUGUGCCUUCGGAGAGCACGUUAAGUAGAGGUGGAAGUCCUGAUAGAAUAACGUCAUCAAAAACCUCUAGGAGUCAUUCUUCUUCUCAUAACUCUGAAUUAUUGAAGAUUCAAUCCUCUCCUGUUUGUGGUAGCUCGGACAACUUAGCUUUGGAUUAUGACCUUUUCAGUCCAGGAAGAAAAUCUCAGCAAUCUUCUGAUAGCGAGAAGGUAUUGGUUGUAAGUGCCAGAGACACACAAGGUCGUUUGGUUUACGUUGGAGGUGCCGAACGAGAGAAGAAAUGUUUCUCUCAUGGUAACGUUAGAUCCGACGCUCAUCAUGAAGCACUCUCAAUAAAAAAGAGUGCUGAAAUUGCUGCUGUCUUUGGAUCAGAUUCGAAUAAAAUUUGUAGGAGGGCUAGUAACGCAUCCAGUAUCAAAAGUUCCAUCAGUUUGGAAGCUGGUUUAGGGUAUCUACCUUGAUGGUAAUGUUUCCUGCUCUGUCAAUGAGUUUUUAUAAUUAUAUCAAAACUUGAUCUCAAAGCUAUAUAGCUAAUUCAAGUUUAGUGAAGUAACAGAAGCAUAUUGUAGUCGAUCAAAGUUUAUUUCUUGAUUUCUAGUAUGAAGAGAAAGAAGAAAAUAACGCAUUAUAUAAUUUCUAUAAAAAUGGUACCUGUUGCAAAUAAAAAUAACAAGAAACGAAUGAUACCAUAUAUUAAAUAUACUUUGUU